AACCCGUCUCCCAGAACACCGCCCGUCCCCCAGGCACCGGGCCCCGCCUGCGGGCGGUGCCGCGGGCAGAGCUGGCCCCGCUCCCGCUCUGCUCCGGUCCGCUGCGCUCCGUGCUGGGCUGCGCCGCGUCGGACGCACCGAGAUGGCUGUUCUCUCCAAGGAGUAUGGCUACGUCAUCCUGACGGGGGCUGCCAGCUUCGUCCUGGUCACACACCUCGCGGUCAACGUGGCCAAGGCCCGCAAGAAGUACAAUGUGGAUUAUCCAACCAUGUACAGCACAGACCCCGAAAACGGGCGUAUAUUCAACUGCAUCCAGCGUGCACACCAGAACACACUGGAAGUUUACCCCACCUUCCUGUUCUUCUUAGGCACCAGUGGACUCUUCCACCCGCGGAUUGCCACAGGGCUGGGCAUCACCUGGAUCCUUGGGAGAAUCCUCUAUGCCCAUGGCUACUAUACAGGAGAUCCAAAAAACCGAAGGAGAGGGGCCAUGGGUUCCGUUGCACUGAUUGGGCUGGUGGGCACAGGCGUGUAUUCGGCUUGUCAGCACCUCGGCUGGAUCUGCCAUCAGAGUGGCUGCCGGGGAAACUAAAGGGGUUUGUGUUUGUUUUCUUCUAGAACAUUUCAUUUCCUUGUUCUGUUUUCCCCACAUUCAAUAAAAUGAAGUUGUUGAUUCUGUA